CCCGAAGUCGAAGCCACCCCUAGACAUCCGGACACAGCCUUCUCUAUAUAACCCCUUCGUCUGCAAAAGAAAUUUUAGUCCAAAAUUUUCUUCAAAAAUACAUUUAUUUUCGUCGUUUUUUAACAGCGGAAGAGAUGGUGCUCAUGAAGAUGACCCGCUCUGCCCCUCGCUUGCUGCGUUUGGCCCGCAGCUCUGCCCAUCGAGCCAACCACCUCCCCCUGGCCCCUGCAUGUUCACGCUGUGUCCAUAGGGGUCCCUUUGGAGGAAGUGAUCCCUUUGCAAAGAUGGAGGAGUUUAUGAGAGACAUGGAGAGGAAGUUUAGGAGGGACAUCGAGGACACUUUUAGCACUCUUACGAAAGAUGUGCCGCAGGGCCUGAUCCCCCGUGUGUGGGAUGUGGCCCCUCGCCCCAGGUUUGGAGACGUGAAAAACUUGUCCACACCCGAGACGUACAAGCUUGCCUUCUACUUCAAGAAUGCCAAUCCGGAAGACGUGUCAGUGUCGCUGAAGGACCGCACCCUGACAGUAUCAGCCAAGAUUGAGGAAACGACUGAGUUCUCCCGAUCUUCACAGAAUUUCACUACACAGUAUGACCUACCCGAGGGCCUAAAUCUUGAAGCACUAGAGUCAAGUUUGUCGGAAGAUGGCCUGUUAACCAUCGAGGCUCCACAAAUAGUGCAAGAAGAAACAAAAGGUCCUAAGGCCAUUCAUAUUCAAAGGGAAUGAUCUGUACUGUAAAUAUUUCCUUAGAUAUGUUUUAAAUCAUGCCUAGAAAUGGGAUAUGUUAUAUAUGUUAAUAUACAUGUAGAAGCAAAUAUACUGUAGUAGAGGGAUAUGUAUAGACAUUACAAUAUAUUUCAGUUAAAUGAUUAAAUCAUUUAUAUUCUAGGAUAUUUAAUGAAAAUACUAUUACAUUAUCCUAAGUUAAAACAAGAUUUUUUUUGAUAUCAUAUGGCUGUGUUUUAUCUUCAGAACUUGUUUAUAUUUUUGAAAUAGAUUAAAAAUAAAAGAGAA